UCAAAGUUCGAGAAUAUCAAUUUCGGAACGACAACGACGAUGACAGUACGGCAGUUUGCAUCAACAGCACGAAGAGGAUUGCUAUCACGGAGAUUACUUCUCGGAACAGUCCGCUUCAACUCCACGGCGACUGCGACUGCGACUGCUCAACCCUCCACCGCAACCGCAUCCGCACCUCCCGCUGAGUCGUUGAUCCGCCUAACCAACGCCUCAAUCUACCGCCUCGGUCAAACUGAAGCCCCUCUCUUCCAAGACCUAACCUGGCACCUCAGCACUAAUGAGACCUGGGCAAUCAUCGGCCCCGUCGGCAGCGGGCGCUCCACACUCUUCACUGCCCUUCAAGGCAAACUGAGGGUGCUACCCGCUGCGAGUUUCAAGUACGACUUCAUCAGGAGACUCGAAGAGAAGAACGACGGACGUGAUUUGUGGCCGAGUCAGUUGAUCAAGGUCGUGAGCUUUGAGACGACGGCGAGUACGGCUGCGUAUAUGCAAGAACGAUAUCAUUCGUAUCGUGAUGAGGAUGACUUGACACUACGACAAUGGGUCAAAACCCGAGACGCAGAUGCGACGGACGCAGAUAUCCAGGACGCGGCGCAGAAGCUAGGAUUGUCGCAUCUUUUGGAUGGGAGUCUGAUGAACCUGUCCAACGGUCAAAGUCGACGUGCACGAAUCCUGGAAGCGUUAUUGGCGAAACCGGAGAUCUUGUUGUUGGAUGAGCCGUUCAUGGGUCUUGACCCGGAUCAGAGGAGGACGGUGUCGAAGGUGUUGAGGGAUCUUGCGGAAACGGGGGAGACGAAGGUUAUUCUUUCGCUUAGGACGAUGGAUCGGGUGCCGAGUUGGGUUACGCAUACGCUACAACUUUCGGGACGGGGGAAGAUUGGGCAUAUUGGGCCGGUGGAAGAUAUGCCCACGCUCGCACCGGAGGUUGUUGAGGAGCAGGUUACCAUCAAACCCACCAAACCCGCUUCCUGCAGACCAACACCAGGCCCUGCUCCGUCUGCGACACCACCCGUCGAACUGAAAAACGUGACAGUAACCCACCGCUCCCUCCAAAUCCUCAAAAACAUCUCCUGGACAAUUCACCCCGGCUCCCGCUGGGCCCUCCUCGGGUCCAACGGUUCCGGCAAAACGACCCUUCUCGCCCUCAUCCUCGGUGACCACCCUCAAUGCUACUCCCAAGAUAUCUCCAUGUUUGGACGAAGGAGAGGGACGGGAGAAACGUUGUGGAGCGUACAGAGGGAGAUUGGACACGUCAGUCCGGAGGUGCAUAACCAUUUUCCACGGGAUAUGAGAGUGUUGGAGGCGGUGUUUGGGGGGUGGUAUGAGAACCGGUAUGUCGCCAAAUCCUCAGUAACCCCCAAACAAAAAGACGCCGCUCGUGCACUCCUGGAAGAAUUCGGCCUCCAGGGUCUCGAAGAUAAGGAAUUCGGGAAUCUUUCGACGGGAGAACAGCGGCUCGUCCUGAUCUGCCGCGCACUCAUAACGCGACCCAAACUCUUGAUUUUGGAUGAGCCGUUCCAGGGGAUGGAUGAGGGGAUGGUGUCGAAGUGUAAAAAGUGGUUGGACGAGAAGCUGGGGGAGGAACAAGCGCUGGUGUUUGUGACGCACGUGCAGGAGGAAGUGGCGGGGUGUAUUGAUCGGGUUGUGAGGUUGGACAAGGGGGAGGUGGUGGAGAUGAAGUAGGGAGGGUGGUAGUUGUACUCAGAAUUACCCAGAAUUUCUUCCCACGGGGUUCAACCUGGGAAAUGCAGGA